GGUCGCGACCCGGAAGCCGAUCGGCCAUGUUGCCGGGUGACCCCCGGAGCGGUGCGGACCCCGCCGAGGGGCCGAGGCUGCCGUGAGGGGCCCGAGCGCCUCCCCGAUCCGCCCCGAGCGCCUGGCUGCACAGCUGUCCCCCAUGGCCGCGUGGUCCCGAGAGGCCGUCCUGACCCUCUACCGGGCUCUGCUGCGCCAGGGCCGCGGGCUCCGCUACACGGACCGGGAUUUCUACCUCGCCUUCGUCCGCCGCGAGUUCCGCAAGAACCAGGGCCUGGAGCGGCUGGAAGAUAAGGAAAGACAGUUGGAGAAGGGGCAGGCUUUCCUGCACAGCAAACUCGGGGGCUUGGUUUAGAGAUU